GGCUUGUUCAUCUUGAAACCCCUCCCCUUUAAACGCUUUAUUUUUUUCUUUCUUUGAAUGCCCAACUUGGUUGAAUUUUCUACGAAGAAACCUGUGCCUGCGAACAAUAAAGAAAAGGUGCCUCUCUCAGACUCGGACCCUCUCUUCUCUCAUACACAUGCACGUGUAUAUAUAGGGAGGUUCCAUCUAAACCAGACCAUCAUCUCUCUCUGUUGCUUUCAUCUUAUUACAACCAACAUUGUCUUAGGUUUAUUCUUCUCUAUGUUUAUCUCUUGAAGAAAACGACUCAGCCAAUAAAUAUUUCCGCACCCACCAGACAAGAUUAGUCCCAAAGGAUUUCCUUUUCUAGCAAAAAGUUGUACUAAUCUACCCAGGGUGUUAAAAAGGUAGAAAAAUGAAGUUCGGAAAGGAGUUUUCGAGCCAAAUGGUGCCGGAAUGGCAAGAAGCUUACAUGAACUAUGAAUUUCUGAAAACCCUUUUGAAAGAUAUCCAAGAUUUCAGACACAAAAAUAUGCCUCCGGCAGCAGUGCCAACAGGGCUUAAGAGAAGGCCGACCCUUUACAGAUCUUUUAGUGGUCUGAUACACAGACAAUUCAGCACGCACCAGUAUUCGCCGACCACCAGCCCAGACAUCGAAAGCCAAGCUAUUCUGAUUAACUCAACUAGAGAAGAUGGCUCCCAUGGUUACCAUACCACCUUUCUCAGGACAGCAGAGCAAGGAGGAGAGUACGAGCUGGUAUAUUUCCGAAGGCUAGACGAGGAGUUCAACAAAGUCGACCGGUUUUAUAAGUCCAAAGUGGACGAAGUGAUGAAGGAAGCUUCAAUGCUCAACAAACAAAUGGAUGCUUUGAUUGCUUUCCGAAUUAAAGUUGAGAAUCCAACAGGCUGGUUUGACAGAUCUGUGGAGAUGACUCGUCUCGCUUCUGAUAUUGCUACUUCAACUGCUGUUUUGGCCGCCACCACUCCCAGUAACAUUCGAGCUAGCAGACGAGUUGAUUUCAUGGACAAAAUUGAAGAGGGAGGAUCAAACAACCAUGAGGAGCAAACUGAAGAAACUAAUGGAGAUGAUGAUAAAGAUGAGAUUGAGAAGACGAGCGAAAGUACUACUGAGAGCCAAACUGUGACCCAAAGUGUUGCAGUUCAGUUGCCAAGGAGUGAUAGGAGAACUAGACCAGCUCCAUUGGAAAUUCUUGAUCGUGUGACAAUGAAUCACACACAGGAGACUCCUCGUUCCACCAUUAAAAAAAUUCUUAAGGUUCCUAAGCAGACAGAGCUGACUUUUAACAGAGAAAAUCUUGCGAGAGUUGAAGAUCAACUUAAGAAAGCUUUCGUUGAGUUUUACCAGAAGCUUAGGCUUCUAAAGAGCUUUAGUUUCUUGAAUACCUUGGCAUUCUCAAAGAUCAUGAAGAAGUAUGAUAAGAUUACUUCAAGAGAUGCAUCUAAAGCUUACAUGAGAAUGGUGGACAACUCAUACCUGGGCAGCUCUGAUGACGUUACCAAGCUUAUGGAAAGGGUUGAAGCUACAUAUAUCAAGCAUUUCUCCAAUGCAAACCGUACUAAAGGCAUGUCCAUCUUAAGGCCAAAAGCAAAAAGAGAAACACAUAGAACAACAUUUUCGACUGGUUUCUUUGCUGGCUGUACUGCUGCUCUAAUACUAGCCCUUAUUUUGAUCAUCCGUGCUCGUAAUAUCAUGGAGGAACCAGGGAAAAAUCAGUACAUGGAAAACAUGUUUCCUUUGUACAUAUUAUUUGCGUUUAUUGUCAUGCAUAUGAUCAUGUAUGCUGCAAAUGUGUACUUUUGGAGGAAAUAUAAAGUCAACUACUCCUUCAUUUUUGGGUUCAAACAAGGAACAGAAUUGGGCUACAGAGAAGUUCUGCUUCCCAGUUUCAUUUUGUCUGCUUUAGCUCUCGGCAGUGUUCUUUCAAAUCUCGACAUGGAAAUGGACCCAAAAACAAAAGAUUACAAAGCUCUAACAGAGCUUCUCCCACUCUUGUUGCUUGUGUUAGUUACUGCGGUUAUGCUAUGUCCUUUUAACAUCGCAUAUCGAUCAAGUCGAUACUUUUUCCUCACCUGCUUGUUCCACGGACUCCUUGCUCCUCUGUACAAGGUUACACUACCCGAUUUCUUAUUGGCGGAUCAGUUAACGAGUCAGGUUCAAGCUUUAAGAAGUGUCCAAUUUUACAUUUGCUACUACGGUUGGGGUGACUACAAACACAGAGAAACAACUUGCAAAGACCACAGUGUAUACAAAAUUUUUCUUUUUCUUGUUGCUGCUGUCCCAUACAUGUCUCGCCUCCUUCAGUGCCUUCGUCGUUUGUUCGAAGAGAAGGACCCAAUGCAAGGUUACAAUGGCAUUAAGUACUUCUUGACAAUUGUUGCUGUAAGUGUCAGAACAGCGCAUAGUAUCAACCAUUCACUGAGCUGGAAAGUUGCGGCCUGGGUGUUCUCAAUCUCUGCGGCCGUUAUUUCAACUUACUGGGAUUUGGUCAUCGACUGGGGCCUUCUUCAGCGUAACUCUAAGAAUCGAUGGUUGAGAGACAAGCUUUUAGUCCCUUACAACAGUGUUUAUUUUGUUGCAAUUGGCAUGAAUGUGUUGCUUAGAUUUGCUUGGCUGCAAACUGUGCUCAAUUUCCAGGUCUCUUUCUUGCAUACACAGACCUUAAUAGCCAUUGUUGCAUUGCUUGAGAUCCUUCGCCGUGGUAUUUGGAAUUUCUUCAGAUUGGAGAAUGAGCAUUUGAACAAUGUGGGCAAGUACAGGGCAUUCAAAUCAGUGCCAUUACCAUUCAACUAUGAUGAAGAUGAGGACAAAGAUGAGUAGAGAGAAUUUGAUACGACGGAAAGGGAUGGGAGUUAGUAAAUUUCAAAUCUUCUGUGUCUAGCGUCUACAAAUGAGAGCCGAACACAUUGACUUCACUUUUCUCAUUAUACUUUUUCUUCCUUAAUGGACAUUAGUAACUCCAAUUACUAUUCUUUAAUUUUAUUUUUCUUAGUUGUAAAUGUAUAUUAUUAGCGUUCCAAAUAAAAAUUUUGUAUUUACCUUC